UGCCGCGGACGCGCGUGGUGGCUGGUCGCGGGUGUCUGGCGUCCGAGAGUGGCCGGCGUCGCGGUCGCGUGCUCUGUGUGUGCCCGCAGGAGGACGGUUGCCGGCGCGCGGCACCUCUGCUUCCGGCCGACAGCGCCGUUGUCCAGAACGACUGCGGCGGCGCUCGAUCUGAAAAUUCUGUGUUAUUGUCAUCGUGGUUACUACUUGUGUAAUUUUCGAGGAGACAGUCGUUCGUAGUGGUGUCGUCGCGUAGCGGGUAGCGUAGUUGGUAAAUUAUUAAUCCCGUGGCUGCUCCAGGGGAUGUAACGUGAGGGAAGCGUGGAAGGAGUCAGUGGCGUCGUUGAGAGUCGGUCCCGGUGUCGGAGAAGAGCGAGUUGCAUCGGUGAGGGUCUUGCGCUGCGCGACUGCGUUUCGCGUAGCCGAGAGCGGCAGAAGCAGAAGAAUAGGCUGGCCGGCGGGGGCGACGAGCCUAGGGCUAUUUCUGUUGGCCGUGUCGCGUCGCGCCAGCGUUGCCAGAAGCGUAGCGUCGGCGUCAGCGUCGGCGUCGGCGUGGCCCGCGGGAGAGCGUCAGGCGGACACAGCCGGUGACAGCCGCCGCCAUGCCGUCCAAGAAGCAGUACAACCUGGUGCAGAACGAUGACUACGACACCAGGAUACCGCUCCACUCCGAAGAGGCCUUCCAGCACGGCAUCACCUUCCAGGCAAAGUACAUUGGGACCAUGGAUGUACCGCGGCCCAAGAGCCGCGUGGAGAUCGUCGCCGCCAUGCGUAUGAUACGGUACGAGUUCAAGGCUAAAGGUGUGAAGAAAAAGAAAGUGACGCUUGAGAUAUCGGUGGAUGGAGUACGUGUGACACUUCGGAAAAAGAAAAAGAAAAAACAGUGGAUGGAUGAAAAUAACACCUUUCUAAUGCACCACCCUAUAUAUAGGAUAUUCUACGUCUCUCACGACUCGCAGGAUCUCAAGAUCUUCAGCUACAUUGCCCGGGAGGGUUCUAGCAACGUAUUUAAGUGCAAUGUCUUCAAGUCCAACAAGAAAAGCCAGGCGAUGCGCAUCGUGCGUACCGUGGGGCAGGCCUUCGAGGUGUGCCACAAGCUGUCGGCUGCGGCGGGCAACGCGGCCGACGACGACGACCAGGACCUCGCGGGCACCGCGUCCACGGCGGCCAUGGACGCGGCCGAGGCCACCACUGGAGUCACGGGGGUCGAGCGCAAAGACACGCUGUCGGAUCCCAUCAGCUGCGACACACUGGCAGGCACUGUGGCCGAGGACGAGGCGUCGAUACAGUCGGAGCCGGUGCACGCCACGGUGCCGGCCUCGGCGUCGGGAGGCGGCGGGGGCGGCGGAGGCGGAGGUGGAGCCGCACCCAGACCGCUGCGACUCGACAUCCUGCCUCCGCCCCCGUCCAACCCGCGGAGAACGUCGCCACAGAGCGGCAGCGGGAGCGGCAGCGGCGGCGCGGGCGACCUGUACGCCUCGCCGCCCGGCGGGGGCGGCGGCGGGGGCGGCGAGACGGCGGCGGGCACGCCGCUCAGCGCGCACCACGAGCUGCAGCUGCUGCGCGAGCAGCUGGACCAGCAGGCGCACCAGACGCAGGCGGCGCUGGCGCAGGCGCAGCUGCUGCGCGACCAGCUCGCCGCCGAGACGGCCGCGCGACUCGAGGCCCAGGCGAGAACGCAUCAGUUGCUGGUGCACAACAAGGAGCUGCUGGACCACAUUGCGGCGCUGGUGGCGGCCCUGCAGGACCAGGAGCGGCUGCACCACCACCAGCAGCAACAGCAGCACCAGCAGCACCAACAGCAGCAGCAGUUCCAGCAGCAGCAGCAGCAGCCGCAGCAGCUGCAGCCUCCGCACGUCGCAAUGAUGCCACAGCUGCCGCUGCCGCUGCUGUGCGACUACCUGUCGGCGCCGAUGGCGGGCGACUACCAGGAGGCGGAGGCGGCGGCCGCGGCGGCGGCUGCGGCCUACCUGGGAGCGCCCGGGGCGCGCGGCUCGCUGCUUCAGGCGCCGGCCACCGCCUUCGGCUCGCCGUACGGCUACACGCCAGCCGAGCAGCAGCUGCUGCAGCGGCUGCAGGCGCUCAGCCGGUACCAGCAGCUGCUGUACCCGGGCGGAGCGCCGCCGUCGCCGCUGUUCGCGCACCACCAGCUGCAGCUGCAGCAGCAGCGCCUGUCGCAGCCGCCCUCCUACUCCGGCUCCCCGGUACUCGGCCACCGCCAGCCGCACCUCCCUUCGCAGCAGGAGUCGCUGACCCGCUCGUCGCCCUGCGCCGGCGACGACGACUCUUCGCCGCCGACGCCGUCGCAGCAGCAGCAGUCGCAGUUCAUCAAGCCGCUGUCCCAAGUGGGCACGCUGACGACGACGGACGCCGACGGGCGGCUGCGAGUGAUCGUGCCCGUCACCGCUGACGACGCGACCAACCCGGCCGCGAGUGGAGGCGGCGGCGGCGGCGGUCCCUCGCCGACGUCGGGCCCGCGUCAGCUCUCCGCAGCGUUGGCAGCUCUGCGAGUCACUGACGACCAGAGCACCCCUCCGCCGCUGCGUCGACCGCUGGCCAACGGCCCUCCGUCCAUUACCCGGUCCACCAGCGAGAAAGUUCCGCACCGCAGCGAGCUCAUGUCGCAAGUGCAGCGGACUGCGUGGGCGCGACACACCACCAAGUGACCCCUGAAGCAGUGCCAGCUACCGGCUAUGAAGGCCUAUCCUCCGGCGCGUCGCGAACGUCGUUUAGCGUAGACUACGCGACAGCGCCGACACUCGCUUCAGUACGUGCCGAAGAUGUGCGUUGUCGCGCUCUCUACUGGUACACUGGAUUUCCCGCAGCUUUGGGGAGAAAAUACAUCGGGGUGCAUCCAGUUCCGUUAACGGUAACCGCAGAUACGGUCCGUGGUCACUGACAGCUUCCUCAGGUCUACUGUAAUUUAGCUGUCCUUGUAUUGCUGUAGAGGUUAUAAACAUCAUUCCAAAUAGGAAAGGAAUUGACAGAUCGCUUUUCUGCGACUAGUAUCACCAGAUAACCCAUUUAUCCAUCACUUUCAUUCUAUAAUGUAUCAUACGAGAUUCUGAAACUUUAAGAUUCACGAGUGGUGACGGACAAGUUCUCAGCCCACCCAAUAAAAGUUUGUCAGCUUUCCAAAUGAUUAUGGCUAUUUUUCAGCGUAGCCCCGUUCUGGCGUUACACACUUUUGCCAUAGAUGCUGCAGGCCCACUAUACCCUCCUUGUAUGUUUCUUCAGCUCAGGGAACAGAUGAAAGUCAGAGGGAGCCAAAUCGUAUGGAUAAGGUGGUUGCUGAACCAGUUCGAAGCCACAGUAGUCGAUGAUAGACAUCGCAAUGACAGAUGUCUGUGUGGGUGCAUUGUCCUGGUGAAAGAGUACUCGUUUUUGUCACACCCCAACGCGUUUCACUUCGAUGGUCAACCUCAAACACACUAACUGAGCACCAUAAUAUGCUCGAUUCACUGUUUCACCUUUCUUGAGGUGUUCAGCCAGGCUAACACCCGUCAAAUCCCCCAAAAAACACUGACCAUCAUCUUGCCAGCUGAUGUGACUGACUUGAACUUCUUGGGGAUGAGUGAGGUGGGCUGUCCCACUGUUUCGAUUGACCCUUCGAUUCGGACUGAAAAUGGUGAACCCAUGAUCCAUUUAUUGUGGAAGGACGUUGGAGAAAUGUCACUCUGUCUGCCUUAAAAAGAGACGAAUUUUCGGCGGACAUGGCGUUUGUCUGGUGUUUCUUUUCUGCUGUCAACAUUCUUGGGACCAAUCGACGUGUGACCUCGUGUAUGUCAAGUGCAACUCUUAUGACAUGUUCAACACGGCCCUGAGAAAUGCCCACUCUUUCGGUGAUAUAACAUUCUUUCACACACGGUCUGCCAAUAUCAUAUCGUGGACUGCAGUGACGUUUUCCUCCGCUGUAGCCAAUACUGAUCUUCCACUGUGAGGUGCACCUGGGACAGAGGUGUCGCCCUUCUUGAAUUCCGCCACUCACUUUUCCAUUGUGAAACAAGAAAGGAAAUCCUCCUCUAAUAACUUUAACCAACAUGAUCGGGAGGUGUUAUGGUUGAUGAUCAAUUAGGAAAAAAGAUAAAUGAGAGAUUCUGAGAUCCUUAUAGUUUUUUUUUCUAAUCGAUAAUCCCCCUCUAAUAGUUUCAUCAUGUCAUUAUGGAUCUCCUGUGCAUCAUUCCCUUUUUCAGCAACACUGGAUAACCACACGCAUGUUCUCUUUACCCAUUUUUCAAAGUGUAUGCACCCUGCACACUUCAAACACGAAUAUCUGAAACAACAAAGAAAAUAUAUUCAUGAAAUAUUUUGUAUGUAAUCUAGCAAGGGAAUACGCUAUUAGCUGCCAAACUGACAUUCGUCUACGACAAGUAUUUCAUGGGUGGGCCGAUAACUUCUCAGUCACCCUUCGUAUUUAAACUGCGCCAGACAGCGAAAAGUUUCCGUUACAUUUCUCUUAGCCUUAAGGACUGACUUAUACAAUUACGACUUGCUGAUUCAGCCUUCUAUUGCUUUCUGUUGGAACGGUGCUUCCGUUCCUUUUGGUAUAGUCUGAGAGUUCGAAUGGCAACGCAAACACCUGGAUGGCUGCGAUUUCGGCAAGCAUGAACAAUGUGAAAUAUUGCAGAUCCGUGAAUAAAGCCCAAGUCCGUGGUAUUGCUAUAACAAAUCACAGCGCAGGUCGUCAACGAGAGGGUUGCCACCUUGAAUGGCGUAGGUAUGUAAGCUGAACACGACACUGUGCAGGUAGCUUUAUCCCGCUCUGGAGACCUUUAGAUCACGUGACGUGUCGCGACGUGGCGUAGGACGGCGUACCUCCAUUCCACUGCGGUGUGUUAACUGCUCGCUGCGAGUAUGCGGCGCCGCUCGCUAUGCCAGUCGCUGGCUAGAGCACUUCCCAAAGUACAGAGACUUUCAAGAUUACUUUGCUGGUCUAGCACUUCAACGAAAACGGGAAUUGUAAUAUGACUGCAACGGAAUGCGUGCUGAUAUAAUACUUUCAAAGAUGUUGUAACUCCAUGUUGGGCGAAGUGUCGAACUUAGGCCCCGGCCUUUCGCAAGCACUGCUUUUAUGAGAUAUCUAGAUGUAUCUCACGACCUGGCUGACGCCUUCAACCUGCGAGUACAUCUGUUCUGCUUUGCAAAUUCCAGAUAAGUUCUUCAGCAUAUCUUGUUUUGGGAUGUGGAUCAGAGGUCCUGGCACGCUUUAGUUAACGAAAGUGACCGUGAGAUACGGCUGGAUAUAAGGCACUGUAGGAACACUGCCCGCAAAACGAAAGAAUUCGGUUUCGUGACGUAGUCCGUCAUUCAGCUACAAUCAAGAAGCUUCAGAAUGUGUAUCUUCAGUACCAAAAUUUCUGAAGUAAAUAAUGCACGUCUUUGUUACUGUCGUACAUAACAAUGUACUGGACAGACCACAGUAAUUUCUGGCACUAACAACAACACCAUCAUACAGGUCGACUGAAAUUCCCAUUUAGAGAGCAACGUGGUACAUAAUCUAAACAUAACUCACAACUACGCGACGCUCUGAAUCGACUCUCACAGCUUCGAUAGCGAACUGUCAAUCGCUUUCGUAUUUGAAAUGGGCCGUAAGGCAGAGUGACGUUCAGCGAAACCCUCCUUUCUCAACGUGAUGAGAUCCCACGAAUUCGGAAUGUCUUUUUUCCCGUCCGCGCUAGUUUAGAUAGAACUUGAUAUUUUUUAGUCCGGACAGCUUUUUGAUGCUCACUUCAGUUGCUCAUAUUGAAGCUGCUUAACAUUCCAUCACUAGUAUUUGUCAAGUGACAUACGCAUGAACAUAGACAAGUCAGGAGACGUUAUUAAUCAGACUGUAACAGACCGUGAUUACAUCAUUCCUAAUGCGGAGGAACUGCUAAAUACUGCGUUUUAUUCCAUCAGAGAGCAAUCCUGCUUUGUAAUGAGUAUUACCUCAGGCCAAGUAAGGUCAGCCAUACACGAAAUGUCACUAUCGAUAAGCAAACAGUACUCGAGUAAUCAGUUGUAAAAACUAGGAAAUAGUAUUCUGGUGGGAAAAUGAUGAAACUGCUGGGUGCAAUCGCUUCCCUUAUAAGAGACCAUACAGUUCUGUAAUUGAUAACAUAUAGGUACUACCAACACAGUACGGCGCAAUGUGUUCCUGUUUUCGUUGCUUUGAAGCAGGUUGAAUUUUAAUCGAAGGAGAAUAUCGUGAUACCAAACAGUUUUAUGUUCAUGUUUACUUAAGAAUCAACCAUCAAAACGUCGUUUCUACCUGUGUAUCAGGGACGAGUAGAGUGCAAUGUCUUAACAUAACAAUUGCUUUAUGUAACUGAUUGUUACUGUUAUAAAUACAUGUUCUAUAUUAAGUUGAUUACACAGUCAUGGAGUCCACAAAUUAAGACAUGAUAAGCACGUUUUAGAUUCAACAGCCUACUUAAACACUGGUCGACGCUGAAGCCUGCAUACCUAAAUGUUCAAAGACAUUAUUACUUGUUUUUCAUGCUGAUGUUGCUCUUCAAUAUUCAGCAUCAAUUACCAGUACAUUUCAAGAUGUUGGGGGCAACAGUAACAAGAAGUUGCCGAAGCCACCGUUCCGGUGCAAUACCUAAAGACUCGAAAAGAAAAGCAAGACAAGAAGUUGCCGAAGCCACCGUUGCAGUCCAAUACCUAAACACUCGAAAAGAAAAUCAAGACGAAACAUAAGCAAAGGAUUCUAGCUACUGUACUGUGACCUAGGAAUUUCAUGCCAAAUUAAUCAAUGCAAACUAUUUUUUGUAUUUUUUCACUUUUGUUUCUAUUCUCACAUUUUCAUCUGACAGAAUUUAAGACACUAUGAGGUGUGAGAUACUACAUAUACUGAAUGUUAAGUUACUGCCAAAGUGGAGACAUAACCGAGCUACAAUUUAUAUUAUUGUUGUGACAGUUUCAAAUUUUGACGUUAAAAUAAUAACGACAAUAUGAAGGCAUAAUGUUCUCAAGAAAUAUGUGCUGAUGUAUCAGCAUCAUCAAAUGAGACUUGUUCCGACUGAAGUUGAUGUUGUACGUUCCUUAGGCCUGAACACUUUUGUAUUUGUUGAAUUUUGCCUACGUCACGUACUUUGUUUCAUGUAUAUGGACUACAAGGUAAAUCUGUAAUUCCUUUAGCUCUCUUGGCAAAAUCUGUGGACCAUAUGGAGAAAUCACUCGUUGGAAAAACGACGUAAUUUCUUUUCGUCUGUCUAUGUCUGGAAUUUGUUUGUAUCAACACGAUGAAACCCAUCUCCAAACCACCUAUAAUCGCUAACAAUAAAAAUAAUAUUUUUGUA